GUUUCUUCCCUUAGAAAAAAUGAAACGUGACGUUGGUGAGGAAGUCUCCAAUGAGCCGUUGGUGUCCAGGAAGAGCUCCAUUUCCACGGCAGCCUUAGGGACGGGAUCGGGGCCGUGCUGGCGGACAGAUGGAUGUGGGCUCUGAGAGAGUUCAGUGGCUGAGCCAGGUCCUUCCUGCCCGCCCGGUGCUGUGGGUCUGCUGGCAGGGACGUGCUGUGCUGGAGCAGCCGGUGAGCUGCAGCAAAGUGCUACUGGGAAGCAAAGCCUGAGCUGGGGACACGUUUCCUUGGCAGGGAGAGUCUUGGGGAGAGCAGCUGCUUUCCUACGGGGCCGCCUGGAACCACCAACCUGCCUGGAGCUGAGGCUGCAAAUGGGGCCAGAAGGGACUGCGCCUGGCUCUGCUGCUUGUCCUGGGGGUGUCCCCCCCACCAGUCGGAACGGGGACAGGAGUGAGGCUCUCACACAAGCUCUUCAGGUGAUUUUUAUGUGAGACCCUGGACCCGAGGCCAUGCCCGUGUGCAGUGAGCAGCAGCCGUGCACUCAGCAACCUUGCAGCCGUGCCCAUGCUCUGCUGCAGCCCCGGCCCAGCCAUGGAGAGUGCAGAGGCGGAGUCGGACAUCCUGCGCCGUGUUCGCACGCUGCUGCGCGAGCUGGAUGGCCACCACCCUGCCUGCCAGAGUGACCGAGGGAUGCUACGAUGGACCCUGCACAAAAAAAUUGACCAGAAUCCCAGUAACAGCCCCAUCCUGGUCCGGAUCCUGGUGAAAGAGCUGGAGAGGGCAGAGCGAGGUGACUACAGGCAUUACAUCAUCCCCCUGCUGCACACGCUGAUGUACGCCUUGAUCAAGGCUCCCUGCAUCUCUGAUGAGCUCUGCAGCAGAGUGUAUGAUUUCUGCAAGAAGCUGCUCACUCUGCCCAAACCUUUCUGCACCAUUGGUCUGGACUAUGCUGCCAGGCUGAAGAUGGAAAAGACGGCACCAGGAAUGCUCUACCAAAGGAUGGUGAUUUCCGAACAAAGUCUUAGAAGCGACCCCUACCCCUACCAGGAAAAGAUUUUCAUCUUCGCCGACCCGGAGCUGCUCUCUGAAGCCAUCUGCAAGGCUCUGCUCACUGACACAGAGGCAGCUCGUGUCUCCCAGAGCCCGCGGGCGUGUAUGUGCUAUGUGAUUACCCACGCUAUGCAGGCAGCCCUGGGCGAGGGCUGUGACCUCAGCGCCUUGAGGAUGCAGCUCCAGGGCAUGCCCAGCAGCGAGGUCGAGCACUGGUUCCAGGAGGUGGUGAUGGCUGUCGAGUGCACGGGGAGCAAAGUGGCUGCAGACCGUGGGCAGCACAUGGAGAGGCUGCAGAGCAUCUACAGUGCCAUCCUCAGCUCCUCACCACCAGGUGAUGCUCCUCUGGAAGGGCUGCAGGGCACCCCACUGCCCAACCCCAACAUCAGCUUCCACCUCUGGACAGAAGAUGAUCAGCUCUGGAAGGAGCUGGUGCUGUUCAUCCGCCCGCUGUCGCAGAGCUGCGAGCCCGAUCACCUGAGCCAGGACCUGGACAACUUUGAGAUCCAGGACAUCAUUUCAGACUGCGAGUGCUGUGAGCAGACCCGCUUCUCCGUGCUCUCCACCGACAGCGGCAUCGAGAGGGAUCUGCCACCGACUUCCGAGGAGCCCUUUGCCCCGUGCAGUGCUGACACAGAGCAAUCCCGGCUCCAUAGGAAAGGUGGCAUUAAAAAAAAGCCCUCGCCGCUGGAGAGCGUGGCCUUCCUGCAGACCGGCUGCAACGGCCCCGGGGUGAAACCUACAGCCAAAGUGCAGAGGAGAGUGGGGAUCCCCACUGAGCCCACGGCCCCGUUGUUGAGGCUGCACACUGCCCGCAUUGUGCUGCUGGGGGACGACCGCAUCCUGGGGCGCCUGGCCCAAGCCUACCAUUCCCUGCGGAAGCGAGAGACACGACGUGUCUUCCUGACCCCAAGGCUAAACCUGCAGUUCUACUACAUGCCGGUGACCGGGCAGCCGGGCGCACUGGCAGCUGCGAACCCCUCUGCCACCAGCCCUGAGGAGCUCUGCGAGGUGGCCGCCUACCUGGGCAGAGCCGAUCCCUGGUAUGAGAGCAACAUCAACACGCUGUGCCACAUGAUCCCCAAGCUGGCCACCAUGCCUUCCUCUCCAAGCAAGCAUCUGGUGACUGAUCUCUUCAUCACUGAUGUUAUUGCUUACUACGUCCGUAUGGGCGCCCAGCCCGUCUGCUUCCAGGUGUAUGCAGUGAAGGUUUUCUUCAGCAGCUCGUCUCAGGAGCCAGCUGAGGAUGUGUUCCUCACGGAGCUGUGUGUCCGGAUGCAGGACAGCAUCUCCCCCAGAGAGGUAAACCCUGCCAAGAAGAAGACGACCCUGGAUGGCCCUGGCAUAGAUCUGAAUGUAACAUACAGGAAGGUCGUGGUGAGUGACCGGGCAAAGGAGGUGUCCCUGUCCCUGCGCUCCACGGGUCUCUCAAUGAAGGCCAUCCCUGCCAACGCAGCUGAAGAUCUGGCCUGUCUAAAUGUGGACGUCACUGAAGUUGUUAGGAUCAACAACUUGUCAGGACGAUCCUUCUCAACCGUGGCAAACAAGUUGAAGACGUGCAACAUCAAAAUCAGGAGCACGGAGCAGAGGCCCUUCACACUGUGUCUGGACAAGGACAGCAGAAGGACCUACAGGAAUGUGAUCAGCCUGGAAGUGUCUCCUUGCCUAGAGCCCAGCUACUGCCUGCAAAAGUCAAGGACAAUGAAAUUCAGCCUGCACGAAGCAGAGGAUGUGGGACUUGUGAAAUACAUGCCCAAGUCUCUGCUGCUGCCCAUCAACACAUUUGCAGGUGUCAUCCAAUGAAGAAAAGGAGAAAAAGCUGAUGUGCAAGAUGCAGCACCUGGGUCGUUAUAGAAGAUGUGGGAAAAGAAAGCACACUAAGAAGCUGCCAACAGUGGCUUUGCAACCAGGGUGGUGUUUCUAAAGCUGCAAAGGCAGGAGUGGGCAGGGCUUGGGAAGGACAGCUGUGUGCCAAGGAAUGGCUGUGGUGGCCAUAGCCUGGGCUCCCUGCCAGGGCAGAGCUCUCCUGAAGGACUGAGAGAUUUGACCUUUUGCACAAGUCAUGAAAAAACCUCCAAGCUUUUCAUUUCAGGGAAGGGACUGGAGAAAAUAGAGCCGAGGUGAUGGUGCUUGCUGUGCUUGUGGAUCAGAGAGUAGUUGCUAGCACUAAUAUUUAUUGGGGUGGCAUCUCCUGGCCUGGCAUGCCUGUGUGUCCAACGCGUGGGACACCCACUGUUGUUUCAGAGGGGCUUUGCAAGAACGAUGGGCGGUGUGAAGCAGAGACACGACAAAUCCAGUGCAAUAUUUGGCAGUGAUGUGCUCAGGUUGCCCAGGCAGCACAGCCUGGCUUCGUUCUGAGAAGCCUGCAGAACCCCUGGGAGACUCCUCUGUUCCUCCCUCCUGCUGCAGUCAGGUGUGGGAGCCCUCCCCUGGUUUGCAGAUGGGCUCGCACCAGUGCAGCUUUGUGGAGCAAAGUGUCCAAGGCCCAUCUUUGCUGAAGUAAUGGAAGAAACAUGGUGUGCAUUGGUUGGCUCUCUGAAUACGGUCUGUGAUAUCUGGGUUGUCUCCAGGGAGUCUUCUGUAAAUUCACAUUGGAGGGGAUGUGGGAUCCAUGGCACCCUUCUAUGACACUAUCAGCUUUGAUUCUCUCAGCUCCCAGCAGCUCGGGGUGCUGGCUUGUAUCCUCUGCCCCAAGGAGGAGUCCUCCAGCCUUGUCAGUGCAACAGCAGCUCUUCAGUGUCACCACGGGGCAUCCCUGGAGCACAGAUAUCCAAGUCUGGAGAUGCUUCCCUCCAAGCCUGCGGGUUGCCCUGGCUGGUUGGGCCCCAUGAAAUCCUCCUGCUGCUGCUCCUUAUUGUUGCCUUGGCACAGAAGACGGCUUUGGUUCCUGUUCCCAAAUUCAGGGUUUAUGCACUCUCACUUUGAAUGCACCACACAGCCCCAAACUAGCACUGGAAUACAUUACAGAGGGCAAAGCAACUCUGGAGCUGUUGGUGCGUCAUGGGUUAUUUAGCAGCAUAAAGAGCCUCCAGGUCCCAAAAAGCGUUUAACCCCAAACCAGCACCUAUAGCUGAUGGGCAACAGCAUCACAGCACCUCAACAUCCUGGAAGGUCUCAGCAACCAUCUUCAGUUCUUCAGUGCAGUUUUUCACCUCCCCUCAAAAAUGACAACCAAUGCCGGGACAGCACCAAGCACUUUGGCCUUGGAAGGAGCUGAAGUUGGAAAGGAGGCUCAGAAAUAAGUCAAGCAACCUGCUUGCCCCAACAUCCUUCCUUUCUGAACUGCUGCAUAUGGUAACACUGGGCUCAAAGUGAUGAAUUUGAGCACAUCUCUGCCUCACUGGGCUCUUUGCUGGGGCACAUGGCCCUUGGCACACCAGCCAGCAGCUCACAAAGCCAUGAAACCAUGGGUCAGAGCGUGGCCUGUGGUGUCCAGGGCUGAAUCUGUACAGCUGUAAAUGGUGUAGAUGGAUUAUAAGUUAUUUGUACAGGUUUCACAGAGGAUCCAUUAUCAGAAGGUGCGACUCUUUUAAUGUCUAUAUAUAUAUAUAUAUGUAAAGAAGGGAAAAAAACAGCAGAAAUGGAUCUUUUUAUAAAUUUACUUGCUUGUG